AAAUGACCCGCCUUACUCUGCUUCUGAUUGGCUUACCCUGUACUGCGUGCUAAACUUAACCAACCAACGAAGUCAACAAACAGGAGCCAAUCAGAGGCAGAGUAGGUGGAUAAUUUUUUCGCCAUCCUAGGAAAUGCAAAUUUGGUUACAGUUCAGCAACUACAGUUACUAUAGAAACGAAGCAUAGCCUGUGAAGCUGCAACAAUAUUGGGACAUUAAUUAAUGAAUUUGUCAAAAAUGGAGGAACGCUAUGCCUUUCUUACUGAGUGGUAUGACCCUACUGCAGCUCUCCUGCGGCGUUACCAACUGUUCUACUACCCCAAAGAUAGCUCUGUCGAGAUGUUUGAUGUAAAAAACCAGCGGAUAUUUUUGAGAAGGAGCAAAUAUGAGGACCUUCAUCAAGAGGACUUGUUCGUUGGGAAUCGAGUGAAUGUCUUCUCACGACAGCUUAAUCUGAUUGAAUAUGGAGAUCAGUACACAGCAAACAAACUUGGCAGCAAAAAAGAAAGAACUCUUGCUGUGAUAAAGCCAGAUGUAAUCACCAAGAUCGGAGAUGUCCUUGAGUUGAUAUACUCCUUCAAUCUGAUCGUGACCAAAGCCAAAAUGGUAACGCUUACAUGGAAGCAAGCAGCAGACUUUUACGUGGAACAUCAGUCAAAGCCUUUCUUCAAUAACCUUGUGCAGUUUGUGUCCUCGGGUCCUGUGGUUGCCAUGGAGCUGAUGGGUGAUGAGGCAAUGUCUAUCUGGAGGAGGCUCCUGGGACCUGCAGACUCUGCUGUGGCGCGGAAGGAGGCACCGCAGAGUAUCCGUGCCCAGUUUGGAACAGAUGGCAUAAAAAAUGUUGGUCAUGGCUCCGACUCAUUUGCUGCAGCAGCAAGAGAGCUUGAAUUUUUUUUCCCAUCCACAAUUGGCCAUGGCCCCUCUAAUACAGCCAUCUUAACAGACUGCACAUGCUGCAUCAUUAAACCUCAUGCCAUAUCAGAAGGUCUGACUGGAAAGAUCCUGAACUCCAUAUCUGCAGCUGGAUUUGAAAUCUCAGCCCUUCAGAUGUUCAAUGUGGACCGGGCCAAUGCAGAAGAAUUCUAUGAAGUUUACAAAGGUGUUGUCACAGAGUAUCCUAGUAUGGUGACCGAGCUGUGUUCUGGACCCUGCAUGGUCCUAGAGAUCCAUGGCACCGACGUACCGCAGUCAUUCAGGGAACUCUGUGGGCCCGCCGAUCCUGAAAUUUCACGGCAUCUUCGUCCAACCACGUUACGUGCUCUUUAUGGCAAAGACAAAGUGAAAAACGCAGUCCACUGCACAGACAUGCCUGAAGACGGUGUUCUGGAGGUGCAAUAUUUCUUCAAGAUUUUGGACCAGUGAAUGGAACAAGAAAACAUGUAACUACAUAUUCAAAGACUUCACAGUUGUCUCAUUUUUCUGUUUAUUGUUUCAGCCUUAUUCAGAUUAAAUAAAGUGACAAGAGCAGACUCCUGACAAGUGUUUUGAUCUUCAACAUUGAAUUAAGUAUUUUCACACCAACUAAACAUCUUAUUACACGGGAUACUGCAUUGCCUCUGAUAUUCUCUAACUUUCUGACCAGCGACUUUGGUAUUUGAUUCAUACAUUACACUUUGAAAAAAAUGUACAACUGCAUAAAUAUAAAAUUCUUCCACCAUGAAAAUGGCUAAAACAUUCAAUAGUAAGUUGCAUCACAUCAUGUGAUGUCUCCAGCAAAACAGAUUUCAAAGUACUGAGUUGCCACUGUCUUCUAGGCUGGACCCACAAAGCUCUACACUAAGAAUUAAGAAUGAACAGAUGUAAGUGUAUUUAACAGAAAUGUCAUCAAACCAUAUCCUACAACUAAGGUGAACAAAUAAAAGGUGUACAAAUCACUUCCUUCCACAAUCAACUUGAACAAAUUGGGUAAA